CUGGGCUUGAGGGUGUCGCCGCAACAACGCUUGAGCAAGGGAUCGUUCGUGAGUGCGGCAUUGUAACUUCGGUAGACCAAGCGACAGAGUUGCAACACCAUUGCCGAUCCCGACAACCACCCUCGACCUCCGCACCUCCAUGGGCUGCAUCCAAGCCUACCUGGGUAUUUUCAUCAUAGUCACAUUGCUCUGCGCUGCUGUUUACGAACCGGAAGGGAGGGCGAGUAUUCUCUCAUAUUCAUCUCUUACUGGCUACAUCAGUUCAUCGCGUAAUUGAUGCCCUUUCGUCCCUCUCAUCUACUGGAAUAUUACCAUUCUGUUAUAAACCGUCAUGGCGCCCAAAUAUGAGCUACAUCCUGAGCGCAAGUACAGCAUUGCGAUUGUGGGAGGCGGCAUUGGUGGGCUUUGUACUGCGAUAGGUCUGCUACACCAGGGCGUGCCCGUACAUAUCUAUGAAGCCGCUCCUGCCUUCGCCGAGAUAGGCGCAGGCGUCUCGCUGGGCCCCAAUGCCGCCCGAGCCAUGAAAUUGAUCGAUUCGAAAAUCUAUGAUGGCUUCUGCAGAUGUAGGACGAACAAUAGCUGGCCGGACAGACAGCACUACUGGUUCUCUUUCCGCAAGGGUGAGGACACGAGCAGCAAGUUUGGCACGCGGUUCUACGACAUGUGGUGCGAGACGGGCCAAUCGAGCGUUCACCGGGCGCGCUUUUUGGACGAAUUGGUGGCAUUAGUGCCUAGCGAGAUCGCACACUUCGGCAAGCGGUUGGAGAGCGUGCAGGACAAGGGCGACAAGGUCAUCAUACGCUUCGGAGACGGCACCUCGGCUGAGCAUAGCGCACUGAUAGGCUGUGAUGGGAUUAAGAGCAAAGUCCGAAUCGCCCUGUUCGGCAACGACCAUCCAGCGGCGCAUGCGGUGUUUACGGGCAAGUAUGCGUAUCGCGGAUUGAUCCCCAUGGAAGAGGCCGCGAAGCUUAUGGGCGAUGAGCUGGCCAGAAAUAGCCAGAUGUAUCUAGGGCACGGUGGGCAUAUCCUCACCUUCCCAAUCGAGCAAGGCAAGACAAUGAACGUUGUCGCAUUUGGCACGAAGGAGGACGGCAAAUGGGAAGACCCGGAGUGGGUGAAGCCCCUGGAUCGUGCGCAAAUGGAGAAGGAUUAUGAGGGCUGGGUCGAAGCUACAAGGCAAAUUUUGAGCCUGAUGCAGAAGCCGGAUAUGUGGGCACUUUUUAAUCACCCGCCCACACCCACGUACUUCAAGAACCGCGUUUGUAUCCUCGGCGAUGCCGCACAUGCGUCGGGGCCGCACAACGGCGCAGGUGCCAGCCAGGCCAUAGAAGAUGCUUUGAUCAUGAGCAGGGUCAUGGCACGCGUCUUCAACGCUGCGGAUGUCCCUCGCGCAUUUGCUGCGUAUGAUAGAGUGCGGAGGCCUCGCUCUCAGUAUCAGGUGAAGAUGGCGUAUGAAGGCGGCUUGCUUUAUGAUCUGCAGUUGCCCGGUUAUAUGGAUGACUGGGACAAGGUGAAGGAGUUGCUGUCUACCAAGCAACAUUGGAUCUGGAACCACGACCUCGAGGCUGAUAUCAGGGAGGUGGAGCGCAUCUUUGCCGAGGAGACUGCGCGCUUGUAGCGUUGCAGCCGGCUGCGCUACUUUCCCUUUUUCACCCAUCUGCAGAAGCUGAGCAGCUACGGCACCCACCGGAGCCGCUCAGGACC